CCUAAUGAAUAAUUAAUCGUAUCCCAAUGUUGUUCUCCUGACAGACGAAAAAAACAAGCUUCACUUCUAACUUGAAGGUUGAAAAUAAUGGCGACGGCGAUAUACCUCGAACACUAUCUCGAUAGCAUUGAAAAUUUGCCGUGUGAGCUACAGAGGAACUUCACCCUGAUGCGGGAGCUGGACAACAGAACAGAGGAAAAGAAGGGAGAGAUCGAUAAACUCGCCGAAGAGUACAUCACAAACGUCCGGAACCUUGCUUCUGAGCAGAGGGUGGAGCAUCUGCAGAAGAUUCAGAGCGCCUACAGCAAAUGUAAAGAAUACAGCGAUGACAAAGUGCAGCUUGCCAUGCAGACAUAUGAAAUGGUUGACAAGCACAUCCGAAGGCUGGACGCAGACCUGGCCCGGUUUGAGAAUGAGCUUAAGGAGAAGCUGGAUGUCAGCGGUUAUGAGAGUCCUGAGAGUAGAGCACUAAAAAAAGGAGGUGGUAGAGGGCUUAAGGAAAAGCGAGGAUCCAAAGGCAGAGGAAGGAAAUGCUCAGAUGAUGAUUCACCACGAAAGAAGAAAAUAAAAAACAGUCCCGAUUUUCAGGAAUCCCUGUUGCCGGUGCACCCAUCAGAUGUCCUGGACAUGCCAGUGGACCCCAACGAGCCUACAUACUGUCUGUGCCAUCAAGUGUCAUAUGGAGAAAUGAUUGGAUGCGACAACCCAGAUUGUCCAAUCGAAUGGUUUCACUUUGCGUGCGUGGAUCUCACAACAAAGCCCAAAGGAAAAUGGUUUUGUCCACGGUGCACCCAGGAUCGGAAGAAAAAAUAAGAUUUUUAUCUCUAUGACUUUUGUAUGUAACUGUGUGUAUAUAUGUGUAUGUAUGUGUAUAUAUAUAUAUAUAUAUAUAUAUAUAUAUAUAUAUAUAUAUAUAUAUAUAUAUAAUACACAGUUACAUGCAAAAUAUAUAUACUAUUAUAUGUAUUUUGUCUAUGUGGUAAAAUAGGAUAUUAUGUACAGUAUAUAUAUAUCUGUUUCUAUAUGACUAUGAUAAAGGAAAAGAGGGUCACAAUGAAAAACCAUUUAUUUUUUAA